AUGCGUAGAGCUGAAGAUCGAGCUCAGUGGCGUACCAUAGGAGAGGCCCAUGUCCAGCAGUGGACGAAAGUGAUGAUGAUGAUAUUAAGAGUAGAAUUUUUAUUAACCUUAGCGUAUUAUUCAAUUCCCAGCUUACCUUCUGGGCUGCACGUGGGCAGGUCGAACAUACGGCAAGUGGCAGAGAAGAGGUUCGCCGACGUGCAGGCGUUCCUCACUUCGCUGUUCAGCUUGGCGGAUGAAAUAGCGCAUUCGGAUCUCGUGUACACGUUCUUCCAUCCGCUGUUGAGAGACCAGCAGGAUGUGGAGCCGCAGAGGAUGAAGAAAGGCGAGUCAGUGGAAGCCGAGAGCAGCGGGUCGGGGUCGCUGAAGCUGUCGGUGCAGUACGCGGGCGGCGUGCUGUCCGUGCUCAUCCUGCACGCGCAGUCGCUCGCGCUCACGCCGCAGGGCCUGCCGCCCAACCCUUAUGUUAAGGUAUAUUUAGUCCCAGAUCCAACCAAAGAGACGAAACGUAAAACGCGCGUGCUCAAACGCAACUCCCACCCGUCUUUCAUGGAGAUGCUCGAAUAUCGCUUGCCCAUAGAAGUGAUAAAGAAUCGAAGCCUUCAAGCAACAGUGUGGCACUACGACUCGUUACAGGAGAACCAGUUUCUUGGAGGGGUUGUGAUCCCCAUGGGUUCUCUGCAAUUAAGGCAAGAGACGGUCGCGUGGUACCCCCUCGAGUACAUACCGCGG